AUGGAUCCCGGUUCAUACACCGUUGAGGAGAACCUCGUCAGGGGCUUUGACAAUGCCGAAGGCAGUGCCCUGAUUGUCGACGUUUGUGGCAGUAUUGGUCACGAUCUGGAGGAAUCCUACAAUAAGCACCCCAACAUGCCUAGUCGUCUCAUCUGUCAAGAUCUGCCCAUCGUCAUCGGCCAAAUCCAGAAGCUUGACGGCCGUAUCGAGUCCGUGUCCUACGACUUCUACACCGAACAGCCCAUCAAAGAUACGUGUUUAUCCUCCUUCUCCACGCAUCAAAUAAUGACAAAUCCCAUGCGCCAGAGCCUACUUUGUGCAUGCCGUCCUCCACGAUUGGCCCCACGAAACUGUCUCCAGAUCCUUUCCAGUAUCACCGCGGCCAUGAAGCCCGGCUGCAGCAAGCUCCUCGUCAACAAAAACCUGAUUCCUGACACAGGCGCGCACUAG